UCCGGAGCAUCCUCCAGAGGGGAACUGGGACCUGGCAGCGCCUCUUAGGAUGGACCAGCUAGUCGUGCCCCUAGGGCUCUGCAGAAUGGCAUAGAGGAGGCAUAUUAAGCAGGCGGAGCUGGGCUUGCUGCGGACCCUGACGACCUGGCUCUGGUAGGAGCGUGUGAGAGGGCUCUCUGUUCCCGAAAGAGGGGAUCAUGGCCUCCAUGUUGCUCACCCGGCGGCUGGCCUGCUGCUUCCAGCACAACUACCACCUGCUUGUGCCCGGAUCCAGACAUAUCAGUCAGGCUGCAGCUAAAGUCGACGUUGAAUUUGAUUAUGACGGGCCUCUGAUGAAGACAGAAGUCCCAGGGCCUAGAUCUCAGGAGUUAAUGAAACAGCUGAAUAUAAUUCAGAAUGCAGAGGCUGUGCAUUUCUUCUGCAAUUAUGAAGAGAGCCGAGGCAACUACUUAGUCGAUGUGGAUGGCAACCGAAUGUUGGAUCUUUAUUCCCAGAUCUCCUCUGUCCCCAUAGGUUACAGCCAUCCUGCACUAAUGAAACUCGUCCAACAGCCUCAAAAUGCGAGCACGUUCAUCAACAGACCUGCCCUGGGAAUCCUGCCUCCAGAGAACUUCGUGGAGAAGCUGCGGGAGUCCUUACUCUCGGUGGCUCCCAAAGGGAUGUCCCAGCUCAUUACCAUGGCCUGUGGCUCCUGCUCCAAUGAAAACGCCUUCAAGACCAUCUUCAUGUGGUAUCGGAACAAGGAAAGGGGUCAAACGGGUUUCUCCAAAGAGGAGCUGGAGACGUGCAUGGUCAAUCAGGCCCCUGGCUGCCCAGACUACAGCAUCCUCUCCUUCAUGGGCGCGUUCCACGGAAGGACCAUGGGUUGCCUAGCGACCACGCACUCCAAAGCUAUUCACAAGAUCGACAUUCCUUCCUUUGACUGGCCCAUUGCACCAUUCCCACGGCUGAAGUAUCCUCUGGAGGAGUUUGUGAAGGAGAACCAACAAGAAGAGGCCCGCUGCCUAGAAGAGGUGGAGGAUUUGAUUGUGAAAUAUCGGAAAAAGAAGAGGACAGUGGCUGGGAUCAUCGUGGAGCCCAUCCAGUCUGAGGGGGGAGACAACCACGCAUCUGACGAUUUCUUCCGGAAGCUGAGAGACAUCUCCAGGAAGCAUGGCUGUGCCUUCCUGGUGGAUGAGGUCCAGACAGGAGGGGGCUGCACUGGCAAGUUCUGGGCCCACGAGCACUGGGGCCUGGAUGACCCUGCAGAUGUGAUGACCUUCAGCAAGAAGAUGAUGACCGGGGGCUUCUUCCACAAGGAGGAGUUCAGGCCCAAUGCUCCGUACCGGAUUUUUAACACCUGGCUGGGAGACCCAUCCAAGAACCUGCUGCUGGCCGAGGUCAUCAAUGUCAUCAAGCGAGAGGACCUGCUGAGUAACGCAGCCCAUGCUGGGAAGGCCCUACUCACGGGGCUGCUGGAUCUCCAGUACGCCCACUCCCUCAGUUAA